UUAGGCAAAGUCUUACACGGGAAUAUGCAAAAAGAAAAAAAAAAGUAUGUUUCGUUUAUAAAACAAACGGAGGCCAGUCGGAUGAACAGGCAAAGGUGGGAGCGGUGGGGAUCUCUGUCUCGUUCGGUUGAAUUAAUUCCUCUCCAAAAUGUUUGAAAGAUUUGCAGAUUCAAUCGAUAGCCUGAAAGACUCCAUCUGCAAUAGCUAUUGGAUUCGUUUCCAUUCUCAUCCUACAGAUUUCCGGCAAUAACUUCGUUUCAUGGAGUUGGAUCCCUUUCGUUUUAGUCCCCCAACAUCUUCUUCAACUUACAUAUCUUCCUCUUCCAAUCACUUCCAUACAAAGAUGGCGACUUUUCUCACAAAUACCUAGCUUCGUACUCUCCUGUAUCUAAAAGAAAGACAAAAUUUCUUCUACAACUCUGUGAUCGCUUUGUAAACCAAAAUGGUACUCCAAGAAGAUGGAGAUCCCAACAAUGGAGGCUGCAAUGAUAGAACUGGUUUAUCGCCAAAGAAGCCCAAACCCAAUAAAAUUCCGCAGCGUGGGCUCGGAAUCGCUGCGCUUGAGAAGCUCCGAAGAGAAGACCAGCAGAAGAGUAUCGCCGCCGCCUUCUCAACCAGUGAGAACAUCGCCGCCACGGCUUCCUGCGCUGGAGGCAUCGGAAGCGGCGAGCAUUUGUCCGUUAGCGUCAUCGCGCCAACCCCCUUUUUCCCCUUGCUCGAGCAAAGCAAAAAACCUUGCUAUUUUGGUAACUAUGCUCUGUUCCGGCCACAUUCGGACGCCAUCGAUGGUUCUUCGCCAUUAGUUUGGAACUCAAUUCAGAGCGAAAUUUCCUCUAAUUCAAACUCGCGGUUGCCUCUACCUCCCAGGAAGCUUCAACAGGAGCAACAUAGAUGUUCUCUGGUGAUCAAUAACUUUCUAUCACCUCCUUUGUCUUCUGGAGCUUGUCUUCAGAUGGAGCCCCCUUCAAACCAAAGCUACGUUAGCAUUAAUCCUCCUUCCAUGCCCGAGCAGAAGUUGGCAAGCUUGAAGCGUUCGUGGCCCUUUCAAUCUGGUUCAGCUCUACAGUCUGCUACAGAUCACAAAAGAAUUGCUUCGUCGAGGGAUGAUUCUUCGAGUUCGAGCUGUCCUCGACUCAAUAUCGGAGCUGAAGGUGAAGCUUCUAAGCUUGAUGGAAGCUUACUCAGCCUUGGUCUUCUGCCUGUUUCAGAACCUUUCUCCAUGCAAACAAUACCGUUUCAGAAACAUUUUGUUCAUUGUUUGCAACAUAUUCAGAAAAACACAGAAAAAAAGAAUUCGGAAGCUCUUGGCCCACCAACUCUUUACAAUUUCAUGGGUCUGCCUCAUGAUCUCAUUGGAAGCAAUCCUUGUGAUGCAGAUACUGAAUCUAAAGAUUAAUGCAAAUGCAGAUCAUUGAAGCAGCAAGGUUGAAAUAGAGAUUAUUUGAUAUAGUUUUCUUCAUCAUGCAGUAAUUUCUUCUCGUUUCCCUGCUUCAAUAUUGUAUGUUUCAGGCUUUCAGCUUCAUUGUUGUUUCCAUUUACAGGCAUCAAUGAAUGCAUACCCGUUUCUUUUCCCCUC